UCUUUAGGGACUAACCUCAUGAAGAACAAGGGAGCCAAACAGAAACUCAAGAGGAAGGGAGCCGCGAGCGCAUUCGGCUGCGACCUGACGGAAUAUCUCGAGAGCUCUGGGCAGGAUGUCCCUUAUGUACUGAAGAGCUGUGCAGAGUUCAUUGAGACUCAUGGCAUUGUGGAUGGGAUCUACCGGCUCUCAGGAGUGACAUCUAACAUACAGAAGUUGAGACAAGAGUUUGUUUCUGACCAAUGCCCAGAUCUGACAAGGGAAGUUUAUCUCCAGGACAUCCACUGUGUGGGGUCACUCUGCAAGCUGUACUUCAGGGAACUGCCCAACCCUCUCCUCACUUAUGAGCUCUACAAGAAAUUCACGGAAGCAGUGUCACGCUUCCCCAAGGACGAGCAGCUGGCACGAAUUCAAAAUGCCAUCCAGGAGCUCCCACCAUCACAUUACAGAACGUUGGAAUACCUGAUGAAGCACCUGACUCACCUGGCCUCGUUCAGCAACGUGACCAACAUGCACACCAGAAACCUGGCCUUGGUGUGGGCUCCAAAUCUCCUCAGGUCAAAGGAGAUUGAGGCAGUUGGCUGCAAUGGGGAUGCAGCUUUCCUGGAGGUGCGAGUGCAGCAAUUGGUGAUCGAGUUCAUCCUGAACCAUGUGGAUCAGAUCUUCAACAACAGCAGGAAAGCCAGCUCUGCUGAGAACAUUGAGAGCACAUCAGUUGUGAAAAGUUUGACCCUCCCCUCAGCCUCCCUGCCAAUGAAACUGGUGAGCCUAGAAGAAGCCCAGGCACGGAGUCUGUCUGCAUCCCAUCCUGCCCGGAAGGAGAGGAGAGAGAAUAGCUUGCCUGAGAUUGUGCCUGUAAUCGGGUCCUUCUUCCACACAGUUGUUGACCUUCCUGACAGCAAGAGGAAAUUAUCGACCAAGUCCAAGAAAUGGAAGUCAAUAUUUAAUUUGGGGCGCUCUGGCUCAGAAUCAAAGUCUAAACUGAGUCGGAAUGGGAGUGUCUUUGUAAGGGCACAGAAGCUCUCUGAAAAAGCAACUGUUCGGCCUGCAAAGAGCAUGGACUCGUUGUGUUCCCUGCCAGUGGAAGGGGAGGAUGACAAAAGCAGAUUCAAACGGUCAGUGACUACUGGAGGAUUCUUUGUUCCCAUCAAGAUACGGACAGGAUGCACAGGCAGCUCAUACGACCUCAGCAAGGAGAAUGAGUGGGAGCGGGAAGGAUCUGCCAUGGGGGCCAAAGGAAGUUCAGAGCCGAGUGGGGAGAAAGAUCUUCCCUGGACGCCGCAGGUGAAGUCAUCCCCUGAUCCCCUGAAGGUUUUCCGGGUAGCAGAGGAUGCUGAAAAUGAGCAGACUUCAGCCAAAGGAGUGCUCAUGUUCUAUACCUCUGAAACAGCCACCAAGUCAGGCUUCCCAAGCAGCCUCUUUCCCUUGGAGGCCUCUCCUCAUCACCAGAGGAAAGCCCUGAACAUCUCGGAGCCAUUUGCUGUCUCUGUCCCGCUGAGAGUAUCUGCAGUCAUCAGCACCAACAGCACACCCUGCCGCGUGCCCACCAAGGAGAAGCAUUCCCUUUCCAGUCUAGAGGAGUUGUCUUCUCUGGUGGAGAGCACGAGCCCCUCUGCCCUGGAGGCAAGGACUCACACAAGGGCAGAGCAAGCAGCAGAGAGCAAGGAGAAACAGCUGGGGCCAGCUCUGCUAGUGGCAGCAUCCAGAGGAUCUCAUCCUGAGGAGCUGGUGGCAGCCAGAAAACUGGAGUCCUUAGAAACGCCACAGCCAGCAGCAGAAAAUCAGGAGAUAUGUGGGCAAAGCAGCUGCACCAGCGGCACCAGCAGCCCCCAGCAGUCCUCAGAGCAGAGUCUCACCUUGGAACAAACACCAGCAUUGGAGUUCCAUAAGGGACCACUCCCAGCAGGGAAAGCAGAGCAAGGACAGCUUAGGAUGACGGAUGUCUCCUCAGAAGGCAGCUGUGACCAACAGGAGAUUGAGAUGGCUAAGACAGAAGAAGGAUCGCACCUAAGAGCUGUGACUGAGGAGGACUCAGCGAAUGCCCUUCUGGAACCACUGUGGCCAGAGAUACAGCAGGAACUGAAAAUUAUUGAACCUGAAGAGGAGCUCUUGCUCUUGCCAGCAGCAGUCCCCAUGACAAGCUCAAUUUCCGAAUCCUCUUCUUCAGUACAAACAGAUAGUCUUUCCUCUGGCCCAGGGCAGAGUCCAACACUUGCUGAGCAGAAAUCUGAAAGCAGAGCAUCACAGAUAACCCAGCUGCCUUUUUUUGGUGCCAGUGGCAUGGAACAACAAGACAGCUGCCCGUCUGAUGUAGUUGCACAGCAGAGUAGUGCUUCAGCCCUACCCAAACUGGGCACUCUUCCAACAGGCUCAGCCACUCCAAAGAACCACCGGUCAAUGGUGGAGAGCAGGAGUGAAUGUCUCACUCCUACCCCGGAUUGGAAGCUUCAUAGUCAAUCAGAAUUUAGUGAGAUUGCCACUAGUGAUGGAUUAUCCUGUUCCAAAGGAGCAUGUCCAGACUCUGGGAAGGAAAAAGAUGGCAGUUACCAACUCCAGAGGGAAGAGGAUGGUCUUACCAGAGUCCCAGAGACUCAUAGGGAGAAGCAUGAGAUAAUGAAUACUGAUGAAAAGGACACAUUCUCCUCCAAGGCACUGAGUGGAGCUGGAAUCCAGGAGGUGAAGGAAGGCAAUGCUGUUAGCAGAACCCAGGAUGCUGCUGACCAGGAUGAUGAGGAUGCCUGGACAGAUAAUGUGCAGAGCUUAGAACUUCUGGAGCCUUGGGAGGAUCACCAGUGGGUUACAAGCCCUCUCCAUUCCCCCACCUUUAAGGACAUUCAGGAGAAGAUGACCCAGGAGAUUCACCCACAGAGCCAGAGAGCAGAGAUAGGCCUUUCUCUUAGACCACGGUUCAGUCGCAGCCUCUCCUUGGACAGUAAAGACAUAGUGCUGAGUAUGUGGACUACCCCAUUCUCUUUCAUAGAUGCCACUGACCAGCAGCAGCCAUGCACUGACAUUCUGCAUUCAGUGACUUGUGAGCUGUCCAAAACACAACCCAUGUCCCCCUCUACUUUGGGCAAAGCUAUGCAAGAUGAGAAUGGCCGAAGUCCUCCAGAAGAACUUUCAAAACCUGAGUACCCGUUUAUCAGGGAGAAAGCACCAGAUGAGAAAGCAGGACCCUCCAGAGUCCCUCUUUCGAAGACAGAGGGAAAGAAAGUGCUUGUGAGCAAAGAAAAUCAUUGGAGCCCAAAGCUUGGGUUGUCUUUGCCAUACCAAAAUAGCCCAGGCAGUUCUUCACAGACUAAAAACACAAAGGAGGAGUUACCCAUCUCUCAGGACACUGCCCUGAGAGGAGAGACUGUCACCAAAGCAUUGUGUUCUGCUGCUGAGUCACAGCUGAGUAAUAAAGGUGAAGAAACACCUCGCAAAGUAAAAACCAGGCCUUCAUCCCUCAACUUGGAUUCACUCCUCCCAGCCCUAGAUUUCUUCACAUUUGAGAGCCUGUCCAUGCCAUCUGCCCCUGGGAACCUCUUGUAUGGGCAGAAGGAAGUAAAAAGCAGUGAUUCUGUCCCAUCCCUGCUGACACAAUGCCCUGCUGCCAGUAGGGGUGUUCCCUGGGGGUCUUGUUUCAAUGCCCCCAUGGAUCUAGACUUGGAUUAUCUGGCAGUGGCCCAUGCCACUACUGGCCGUCGUAACUCUGCCCCCGUCAGUGUGUCAUCAGUCAGGACCUCCUUCAUGAUUAAGAUGUGUCAGGCUAGAGCGGUACCUGUGAUACCACCCAAGAUUCAGUACACCCAGAUCCCCCAGCCUCUGCAGGCUCAGAAUGCUGCUCCAGCCACUGAGAAGAAGGAAGCCGAAGUCAAGCAGGCCAUCAGGCAAGCUCCACAGGUGGCAUGGAGCCACCUGGAGGCCCCCAUGAGCCCUCUGACAGAGAGGAAAGCCAAAGCAGAGAAAGAAAACAGUGACCCUGCUCAAAAGGACUCAGCCUGUCCUUGGCAUGGCAGCCUGGGCUCUCCACUGGAGCCAUCUCAGUCCAGUCAUCACCCUGCUCUGGAUGCCCCUGUUCUGUGCCGAAAGCGCACCUCUGCUGGGGAGACAGCUGGAGAUAACCCUCAGUCUUCAAAGAUAGAGAGGCCAUCAGGGUUCUUCAAGCCCUCCUACAGAUCUAGGCCUGGGAGGCCUCAGAGUCUGAUUCUCUUCAGUCCCCCUUUCCCCAUCAUGGACCACCCCACCUCCUCAGCAGACUCCAGGGUAUUGUUGUCACCCAUCAGGAGCCCCACUCAGACCACUUCUUUGACCCCCAUUUGUGGGGAUCUGUCUGACCCUGCGCAAACAACACCUGAGGGGGUGACACUGCGGAACAAAAUGACCAUCCCCAAGAACGGCCAGAGACUGGAGACCUCUACCAGCUGCUUCUACCAGCCCCAGAGGCGCUCUGUGAUUCUGGAUGGACGAAGUGGGAGGCAGAUUGAGUAGCAGCUGCUUCUUCUAUUACUUUUCUGUGAUGGUUAGAAUGGGAGUGUCCAAAACCAACUCUGUUGCCAUUUUGCUGUUGUUAAAACUAUUCUGUGCAAGAUGGACCUGACUCCUUUAUGGUUUCCUGCAAAGCUUUUGCUAUGGAAGAUCAUAGUAUCUUUGUCUUGCUUUUCAUUCCCUUUGUUGCUCCUGCCUAAUCUUUCACUGUCUUUUUUUUCAUGGUAAGCCAGGGAACUUGCAUUUCUCACACCUGUUUUCUAAGAAGCCCUGUGAAAGUCUCAUCCUCCUGAUGGCAAAAAGGAAAAGUAAAUCUCUGUAAAAUUAGAAAAUAGGGCUGAAAGGAAACAUUGUUACAAAACACUUCAGCUCAGGGUGCAGGGGCACAACAUCUGCUGAGGAGGUAAGUCCAGAUGUUUGAGAACUCCUACCAUUGUUUCCCAGACACUAGUGAAGGACUUUCUGAUUUAUACAGUGUAAAUAAACAGUGCAGGAGGCUGGGGAUAGCUGGAGAGGAAGGUGAAGCUGGCAUGAGUAAAUCACCCAGGGUGUGAGACAUCCAAGGAUGUUCCAGUGAUAAACAUACAACCUGCCUCCAGCUCUCUCCUUGCAUUAGAGACAUGCUCUUUACAGCAUGUGCAAGGGCUGGAAUGAAAGCAUCUGAACAGGAAAUGACUAGUUGUUCUUUCAGUCUUUCAGGUCUUGCUCAUGAGUUUUGUGUGCUCAGUCACUCCUUUCUUGGGCACACGAGAUCCAUGUGGCUGAGGAAUGAGCGUGCAGCUGGCUGCUGAGGGGUAGAGACCCCUCAGGCUGAAAGCAGUGAAAGCCAAGGCAAGGUCAUAACGAAGGGCAGUAUCAACUAUUUUCAUCAUUGCUUAAAGCCAGAUGACACCUCUGCAGCUGUCUCCAGCUGAGCUCCACGCUGCCAACAGCGGACAAAAGCAAGAGGAUCUUCUUAUCUCCAUGUCCUUAGGCUAUUAUCCUCUUGCAUACUGACUGACAUAUCUUUGAUCCUUGGUCUUAGAUUGCCACUGUGUGGCAUAUCCCCAGGUGCUUCUUCAUUUAAAUUUUGUCUCCUAUGAUUUUACACUGUUAAUCUUUGAGAGUGUGGCUGGUUGCCACCUCCCUGGACCUCAGUGCUUUCAGACUGAUUAAGAGUAUGGUAAAGAGGAUUAUUUAUGGGACUGCAGAACAGAUCAUGAAAAAGUCUUGAGAGGGGGAUUUGAAGUGAAUUAAACUCUCUCCUGAAGGAACAUUAAUGUUACAGGCAAAUAUGUGUUCAGAUAUGCAACAGCUGCCAUGGGAAUAGAAUUAAGUAGAAUUAAAGCUUCCUUUAUAAAGCCUCACCACAUUCACCACAGGCUCCUCUGUUGCCUGAUCUAUGACUGUGGAUGAUGGCAGUCAGGUACUGCCUGUGCUGUCUCUGCAAUUUAAGUGUCACUGGUGGCUACAGAGGAGAUGAGAACACAGAUGUGACUGCCAGCACUGAGAUUGUCCCUGUAAUGUGCUUGCAGGGGCCAUCAUUCCUGGAGAUGUCUGAGUCUGCAGGCCCUCAGACUGGUGUGAUGGGCUAUAGUUUGAGCAGUAUACUGUUAGGAAGUGCUAUAGCCACCACAAUGAGUGUCAGCCAGAACUUCCCAAAAGAUGUGUGUUUAGGGCUUUGUUUUCUGAAGUACUGGCAUUUUCCAGUGGUUAGUAAACUCAACCCAUGAGCUCCUAGUCUGUACUGGCUGUGUCACUUUAUUAGCGCCAUGGUGGCUGGAGGGCCCUGAGCCUCCCCACACAGCACUUUCUCUCAAACUCUUUGAUUGCCAAAGGAGAGAUAUGCUGGAGUAUUUUUGAGAAGUUAUGGGCCCACAAAUGCAAGAAAUAGAUCUUUAGCAGAAUUUUCUCCUUCCAUUUCCAAAGGGAAUGUGAAAAAACAAGAGGGCUUUUCCUCAUCACCAGUUGCAGUCUUUGAUCCUCCCCACCACACUAUUUGUGUAUAGUGCCACAUGGGAACAGAGAAGAGAACUAAGUCUGUGCUAUCAGUUUUCUUGAGGGAGAUUAUUAAACCAGACGAGAGUCUGGAGUUCUUGUUUGGGUCCAUAUUCUUUCACAGGCAGCAGCCUAUGCUUUACCUGGGCAAGCUGUGGACAGCAGGCCCAGAAUAUGCAGCUUCGUGACAAUCGUAUUAUUCUACUCCCAGACCAUAAUAUGCCUAUGCAGCCUCUUAUUAAAACUAGGGAAUUUUCAAUCCUUCAUGCUCCUCAUAGUUAGCACAGCUUCACACUGCA